UCUUUGAAGCCACUUUAGAAGACCCCGGACCAAACUCCACCCUAGCCCUGCCGGCGCGAUCUCCUCGCGUCUUGGGUCGAGGCCCGGGCUUGAAAAAUCUCGAUUGCCCUCCGUGCCCCCUGCUGUCUCGGCCGCUAAACGUCGUUUCGCGCGGGAUUCGACACUGAUGAGGCUCAUGUCCAGGAAGGGACAGAGGCAGCGCUGCCGCCGGCGAAUCCAAGACCGUGGACCGGUUGCUUUGGUGGCCAAAAGAAAGAGUCUGCACUGCCAGCAAGAUGAUAACUAUGAUGUUGACACAGGAAUAUCAUGUCCCGAUCUCCCAGAGGAUAUCUUGCGGCAUAUUCAUGCCAAAAUGACACUUAGAGAUGCUGCUCGUGCCGCUUGCGCAUCGCACACAUUCCGACACAACUGGAUAAGCCGUCCCAACCUUAAAUUCAGUCUGGAAACACUUGGCUUGAAUAGAAAUGCGUCUAGGGAUGUAAUAACAAGAGAUCUUAUCAGCAAGAUUGACCUGAUUAUGCAAAAUCGCUCAGGCAUCAGCAUGAAGGCACUAGACCUUAAUCUCUAUAGUUGUGAGAACAUUGACUUCGCCUAUCUUGAUAGCUGGCUUCGUAUUGCUGUUACUCCAGGGAUUGAAGAACUGAUCCUGACUCUGCCUCUACCCAGCAUUGUUUUCGAGACUGCUCCACCCAUCGUUUCAGUGUAUAACUUUCCAUGUUCACUAUUAUCUAACGGGAGCGGAAACUCAAUUCAAUAUCUCAACCUGUGUUACUGUACCUUGCGUCCCACGGCUGGUCUUGGUUGCUUAAGAAGCCUGACAAGACUGCAUAUGUAUUGCACACAGAUUACUGGGGAUGAAUUAUGGUGUCUCCUUUUAAAUUCUCCUGCUUUGGUGUGCUUGAAAAUCUGGUACUGCGAGGAGAUAAUUUCCUUGAAGAUACCUUCUCUGCUGCAGGGACUCCGUUUUCUGGAGGUGGCCGAGUGCGAUAGGCUGCAGGUGGUAGAGAGCAAUGCUCCAAAUCUCACCACUUUUUACUUUGAAGGUUUCAUAGGUGAAAUCUCACUUGGGGGCUCACUGCAAGUGAAAACCCUAUGCAUGAUAUGCCUCCGCCAGACCAACAUUGUCUGUUAUGCUCGGCAAAGUCUUGUGUCUAUUGCGCCAAAUGUUGAAACACUUACCAUAUCAUCACCGAAUGAGAUGGUGAACACACCAAUGCUAUCUAGCAAGUUUCUACACCUCAAGCUCUUGCAGAUUUCAAUGGGAAUGGCUUUUUCCGGAGUUUAUGAUUAUCUUUCUCUCGUUUCUUUUCUCGAUGCUUCUCCUUGCUUGGAGAAUUUUAUAUUAGCUAUAUCCCAGCAUCGCAUGGGGCAUGCUUCGAUUCUCGGAGAGCCCUCACAUGAUCUGAGGCAGAUCCCACAGCAGCGCCAUGACAAGCUCAAGAGUGUGACGAUCACUGGCUUUUGCUCAGCAAAGAGCUUGGUUGAGCUAACAUGUCAUAUCCUCGAGAAUACAACAUCACUCGACUGCCUUACUUUGGACACCACAUGUCAUCCUAGUUGCUCUGUCACAAAAUCUGACAAGUGUCACCCCCUCAUGGAUGGGGAUAGCCUGGUGGAGGCACAGAAAGCGCUCUUGGCCAUCAGAAGAUAUGUUGCGGGGAAAGUCCCCUCUAUGGUCAAGUUAAAUAUCCUGGAGCCUUGCAGCCGAUGCCAUGUUGUUGAAUCUUUGGUGUCAACUGCCAAGUUGUCUUAGCUGUGCAAUGUCUGUUAUCUGAGUUAUGCAUAUGUUAAUGUUACUUUAGUAAGACAAGUGCACAUUGUUCAGGUUUUCUGAUGCUCAAUUGUACCCGUCAUCCAGUGCAUGCUUCCAACGUUUGGCGAUUGAUGCACGCUGCCCCUUGAAGAAGGUGCUGUUUCGCCAAGGAAGUCUACAGGCCGUGGCUGUUCUUUGCAGGUGGUUUGACAUUUGUGGGUGUCGUAUCCUCCUUUUUUAUCUAGUGAAUGAAAGGCCCUGUUGAUUGAACCGAUUCUCAGAAAGAUGUUGACAUGAAUCUGAGGAUGAUUUUUCUUCAUUUUUACUUGUAGCGUUUUUGUUUGUUUGUGAAUCUCGUCUGGUGCAUCAAAAUGUGAGUAUCUAUAUCUGUGAAUCUCUCUGUUUGUCCAUGUACUCCCUACCGUCCCAUAAUAUAAGAUGUUACAUUGUUGGUUGGA